AUGGUUAUGUCUGCUGACAGUUCUGACUGUCAUGUUAGCAGCGAAAGUGCAAGUGCGCGAUUGUCGUCUUCCACAUCGGAGCAAUUAGUGUCAUCCGUUCGAGAUGCGAUCGAUUGUCAACUUAUGCUAAAUUGUGGCAGAGGAGGUGAAAAUAAAUCCGCACUCAAUCAUAUCUUCCGCAUCACCAGCUUCGAGUACUACACCGGAUCUGACAUUGUAGUUGGGCGAUCACAUUUAGAAAAUGCUUUAAAAAUGCCACCAAACACUAGUGCUUCCACUUACUAUCAGCAAACAAAAGUAUUACCAAGGUCAUCGCAUGUUGUUCCACUUCGAAGUUCCCAACCAAACGACAACAACUUUAACGGACAUUCACCUAUACAUUCAAAUAACUUUUUCAUCGACUGCGUGGAUGGAGCGCAGAUGCCUUCAACGAAGUCUACUACUACCAGCGAACCAACAUUAACAGCAUUUCUACUGUCGACAGUGCAGCCAAGAAUGAUGAAUACAACGGAAUUUAUGCCAUCUACUAUGUCAAAUGAGAAUUAUUCACAAAACAUUUCAUAUCAACCAUGCAAUGUUAACACCACCACCCACGGACACGUUUAUCAACAAAAUAUGUGUGGAGUUAAUAAUGUGUCCCGAGAAGUAACAGAAUCGAGACCGCAGACACCUGAUUACAUAAAAUCUUACCCAGUUAUGGAUACAACAGUGGCGAGCUCAGUAAAAGGAGAACCCGAAUUGAAUAUUGGUAAAUAUCGCUUAUUACAUCUGUUUAGCCUUAG